CCCUAGUGGGCAGCAUCAUCUGUAUCGAUGUCACAGCAUUGUAGAGCAGGUCACAGUACCAGUCGCUCUCCGCCCAGAGCUUCCACCGCAGCGUGCGCAGCCCUAGAGGAGAUAUGAUCUGCCCUCCACAAUGAGUCUGAAUCUAGCAACGACCAGAUCUGAGGACAUGGAAAUUAUUGAGUCUCACAGCUCUCACGAAUGUGAGGUAGAUCCCCCCGUUGAGCAGGACUGUGUCCGACGAUAUGAGAGGCCCCCUCCUCUUCAUGCAGGAGCGGACUGGAAAAUAAUCUUACACCUGCCAGAGAUAGACACCUGGAUUCGAAGCACAUCUGAACGAGUGAGGAGGCUCACACAGUCCGUGCAGGAGGACCCUCAAAGUAAGCAUGUGGAUGUUCACCUAAUGCAGCUCAAGGAUAUUUGUGAAGAUAUCUCUGACCACGUGGAGCAGAUCCAUGCUCUCCUGGACACAGAAUUCUCCCUGAAACUCCUCUCGUACUCUGUCAAUGUGAUUGUCGACAUCCACACUGUACAGCUUUUGUGGCACCAGCUCCGGGUGUCCGUGCUGGUACUGAGAGAACGGAUUCUCCAGGGCCUGCAGGACAGUAACGGCAACUAUACCCGUCAGACGGAUAUCCUGCAGGCUUUCACCAAAGAGGACCAGGAGGACAGGCUAGAUGCUCUGACGGAGGUUGAUGGCUCAGGUCAGUUGACCAUUCGAUGCCCCUCAGAUUACCUCUCACUAGACUGUGGAAUCACAGCCUACGAAUUAUCAGACUACAGUCCUCGAGACGAGGAAGAGCCUCAGCCACUCUCUGCCAAGCCACUAGAAGCCUGGACCUACAACGCCAUGCAGCAGGAAUUCCCAGAUCUUGUCAAAGGCCCAGGACUGCUUAGUGUUGUCUCGGAGAAAGAGCAGAAGCCGAUGACUGUUGAACAAGAGAAUGAGCACAGCAACCCUCAAAUGGAAGAAUCAGGGAAGCAGCCACUCAGGUCAUUGCCUGUUUCUGAAAGUACCACCCCAAAAAGGCCACUGCAGGAGACCAGCGAUCAUGGAGGAGACUCCCCUACUCGCCCUUCUCUACCAAAGAGGGGACUAUUUCUAAAUGAAGACAAUGACUGGGGGGAAUCAGGCACUACAGGAACAUCUCUGAAAAUGAUUUCACCAUUGUCCACCUUACCUUCAUAUUCACCUGCACCUUAUAACCACCUUAGUCUAAGCCUGACAACCCCACACUCUCCUGCUGCUCCAUCAGCUCACAGAACCCAACCACAACCUGAAGAAGAUGGUGCACAGGAGAUGCAGGAAACUAAACAAAAAGACAUUGAGGAGCCCCAGUGUCUAAAUGGCAAUGGGCCCCUGAGUGGAUCCAGUCUAUCCCCAUGUAGCACACCAAAGGAGAGCCAUAUAGAUAUACAGGAUCAUAGAACACUGGAUUCUCCACCUCAAGAGGUAGGAUCUAACAGCUGGUAUGGCUCUGAUGAGUUCCUUGCACUUCCCUCACAUCUACACGAAGCUGACCUCUUGGCCCUGCACCUUGGCAACCUUUCCCAGCUUGUGUCUCCUUCCCCAGAAGAGUCAUUGCCAGCUCUUCGGGAUGUGGAGGACUGGGAGAUCAGCUCAGGGUCAGAAAUUGGGCCUAGUUCCCCUCGCUGCUUCUCUCCUAGCACCCCCAGUGACUUGCCCUUGCAUUCAAAAGAAAGUGGACAAUCAACACCAUGUCCAAUGGGGCAAGGGAGCAGUAUACGCCAGAACCGAGCGGCUCUCAUACAGAGACUCAUGUGGGAUAUACAGCGCCAAGACAAUGACAGACAUGUAUGGGACAGAAUCCAGGGUUUUGUUUCCAAGCUGGACCGAUUUAUCCGCUGGUUACAGGAUGCUAUGGAAGCCACGGAAAACUGGACCCCUCCCCUGGCGGAGACAGAGGCCUUACAGCAAUAUCUACACACUCACUUGAACUUUAAGCAGAGUGUGGAUGGACACUGCGCUCUGAAGGACGCGGUACUGGAGGAGGGACACCGGCUGAUGGAAGUACUCGUGUCACACAGACCAGGUUUCCUUGAGAUGUUACAAAUGAUCUCUGUUCAAUGGAAAGAGUUACAAAAGCAAAUACGGAGGCAGCACGGCUGGAUUCUGAGUUGCCUGGACACCAUUAAGGCUGAGAUACUACAGAGUGAUGAAAACAGCGAGGAAGUGUCUGAAACAAAGCCAAAUGGUGCCUCUAGCUCCAGGGAAGCUCAGAGAGAUGCAGUGUCCCAGAUGUCGCAGCAGCUGAGCAGUGCACAAUACUCCCCAAAUCCUCCCAGCAACUGCACUCCAAAGUCCCCAGAACGCACUCUAAGAAGUGACAGCACGCAGGAGAUUGAAGCCGAAUGCGAGGAAUUUUGGGACUGGUUGCUUGACAUGGACGCUACGGUUAAGAAUAGCCUUGGGCUUCUAGUGUCUGAGGAUCAGCAUCUACAGAUGUGCAAGAGAUGUAGGGUGGAGAUGUCAUUAAGAGAAGACCGGGUCCAAGCACUCCUAAGCCAGCUGGCAUCAAUGAGGAAUAAAGGAACUCGACUCCCUGACAGUAUCCUAGAGAGGGAAGGGUUGAUCCGAGAGAAGUGGGAGAUGUUGAAGAAGUCUCUGUCGGAGGCUCUCUCAACCGGUUCUCCCCAGCCGGUCCUAUCUCCUGGGAGUGGAAACUUGGUUCAACAGCUGGAGCAAAGAGUGAAGGAGCUGAAAUCCUGGCUUAGAGACACAGAACUUGCCCUGUAUAACUCGAGCUUGAGACUCGAUGAGGAAGGUGACGGGAAAACAAAAGAAAGACUCCAGAGAGAGCUGCAAAGAUUCCAGUCUCUUUGUUCGGAGCUCAGACUGCGUCGGCGUGGGGUGGCGUCAGUCCUACGCCUGUGUCACCACCUUCUUGGUCUCCAGGAACAAACUCCACAGCAGGAUCCUCCUAGCUUACAGCUCCUGAGUGUCAACCUGGAGAGACGAUGGGAAGCCAUAGUUAUGCAGAGUACACAGUGGCAAAGACGGCUGCAGAGGGAACUUGGGGAUGAACAGGAAAUAGAUCUGCUAGUGGACCCAGAUUGGGCAGAUUUAAGCAACGCAGGAGUAGAGGAGGCUUUGGAAUGGGAUGAGACAGACAUAACGGUGGAACCUUCAUGCGACACCGAAGAUUCCAAACACGUAGCACCAGAUACUCCUUCAGCAUAUGAAACAUGUUAUUCAGGCCAAGCUGGCCCCACGUAUCCACGCCAUCUCCAAUCUUCAGUAUAUCAAGUCUAUAGCUUGCAUAAUAUAGAACUCUUCACACCAAACAUGGAUUCCUCCCUAAGAAAAUACCAAAAGUUAGGGCCACUAGCUCCACUUCCCAUUUCUCUAUUACAGGGUAGUACCUUUUCAUCUUUGCCAGAUUUAGCAAAUGGAUCUCAUCAACCAAACCAUUACCAAUCCACAAAAAUCCUGGGGAGUUCUAGUGGCCAUUCAGAGAGUGAAAGUGGAAUUGCAAGCGGAGGAGAAGGAGUGACUGCUGCAAAUUCAGAAGGAUGCUUAUCAUUGGAUGGGGAGGGAAUGCAAAGUGGUCAAGGGCAAGUCGAGGACAUACAGCAAAUAGACACUGAUGCUCCACUAGCUCCGUAUUCUAGAUCAAAGCACCAUUACCCUUUUGCAUUAUAUGAUUGCUCCCUAUUACAAGCAGAGAAACUUAAACAGAUGACUCUAGGAAAAACACAAAGGUCCAUUCCAGGCUUUUAUUUUUCAAGGACACCUGGUCAAAUUGGUACGAACAGGACUAUGCUUCCUGUUAGCUCUGAAGACCAUAGUCCAGAAGAUAAUGUUGACUUUCAAGACCUAAUUGAGGUACUGAGCCCUCAGAAUUCUUCUCACAACUCUUCUUCUUUGGAAUCCCUCUCAGUGACUUGUGAAGUGCUUGAAGCAGAGCCUACAGCACUGAGGCGGAGUGUAUCUCUGGAGAGUUGGCCAGCCUCUUACAAAAGCAAUGAAGACUUGUUCAGUCAACAGGGCUCUGCUGAUAUCACUCCUGGGAGUGAGCCCAGGGAAGAGCUGAGCAAACGUACAUUAGACUUACUGAAAAGGUUGGAAGAUAUUGAAUGUCCAUCUGAGCAGAAGUUGAAACGUAGUCUAUCUGAUGACAUUACCCUAAGGAGUGGCUCUCAUGAGACAUCUCUGCCAGGGAUCCGCACUCAAGCAGAGAAAGUGACAUCAGAAAAUGAAGAUCUUGGCUCUGAACUAACAGAGUUGAGCAGCAGUGAGGAGCUAUCGCUAAAGUCAGAAGAUCUUGUAGUACUAAAAGGCAGACUGAUGGAUUCCAAUGCUAGUUUUCGCAAGCACUUGAGUCGUUCUCUAGCUGGGGAUGAAAGAGAGGCAAAUCUCAGUAUGAUUGUGAAUGUAUCAUGUACUUCAGCCUGCACAGAUGAAGAAGAUGACAGUGACCUUCUGUCUAGCUCUACACUAACCUUAACAGAAGAGGAAGAAGAAGAAGAGGAACUUGACGAACUCAAUAGAAGUCUUGGAAGUGAAGAUGAAGCUGGGGAUGGUAUAGGACUUCCCUUAGGGUCCGAUUUUAUCAGGCGUGAGCUGCAAGCAUGGAUUAGACCUACCUAUUUGUUGCCCAGAGAAAGAAGAAAAAUGAAUAGAGUAGUACAGGAAAUAACAGGAACACCAAAAGUUGACAAGAGCUGGAAGAGUUCACUGAACAGAGAACAAGAAAAUAAUGGAAAUGAGAAAGAUGCAAAUGAGGAAGAUACAAGUAAAUGUUUGACAAAUGAAGAAGAGACUGUAAAUAACUCAAGUCAUCAAGUUGAUGACUUGGAAAAUGGAAAUGUUAACAAUAGACUGAGCGCCAUUAAGGACAAUGUAAGUACAGUAAGCCACUCUGUAAAGAAAAAAAAUGGACCUUAUCCAUGGUUAUCAAUAACCAAGACCGAGAAACUCCACCCUCCCAGCAUGCCCGCUUUGGCAUAUCAUAAACCCCGUGAACUUGGACCCACCUGCAAUCAGAAGAGCAACUUGCGAAUAACAUGUGAUGCUGUUGCAGAUGUAGACAUGACAGAUAAUAGUUGCAUGACAUCUGAAAAAACCAAACCAGAGCCUUGUCACCAGCUAACAGAAGAAACACCGGAGUCAUCUUGUUCAUGCCAUGGUUCUACUAAUGAGAGGACAAACAGUCCAGACUGCACAGUACAUGAAUUUGUGAAGGAGAUUCUGGGCAUGACAUCAACUGCACUUUAUGGGUCACCUCCAAAGGAUGGGCUGAAUAGUGGCACAGGAGCACAAAUCAGAGAGAAGGUAUUGGAACAUUCCCGCAGGCAGCUGGAGAGAGGAGACUUUUACUCUUACCUGUCCAUUUCUUCCCAUGACAGUGACUGUGGGGAGCUUAAUGGACCUGUUCGUGCUACUACACCGGAGAUGCUAGCACAAGACGAUGGAGAGUUUGAGAGCAUGUUUGAAGGCUGCACACAAGACAAGGAAGAAGAGCAAAUAGCUGACACAUUUACUGAUCUCAAAGGGUCUUCCGAUGUGGCUACCACACCACAGCUUGCACCAGGUUUCCCACUGAAAACCACCUCUACUGUCUUCAAGAAUCCACAGAGCAGAGCCCAAUCCUCAGGACAACAAACCACAACAAGGGCAUCUGUCCGAAAAUUCCAGGGUCACUCAGAAGGCAAUAAAAAAAGUAGUAGUACCAAGCUUUCCAGCAAGAUAUUCCCUGCAACUCAAGAGAUGUGUUCAGAACCACAGCAGAAAUGUCCUGUUAAGCCUACAGCUUCUAGCCUCCCAGUUCUGCAUAAGAGAGUGCGUGACCAGAGGUCGAUGACAGCAGGCAGCUCCUCAAUAGGCAGAGGUCAACAUAAGAAGCCAUCCAAUGGACCCAAAACCUAAAGGGAGCUGUAAUCGACCCCAUCAACUGCCAGGGUACCUCCAUUGCAGGUGUGAAGGUGACAAUGAGUGUACUGGCCUCCUCCGUUUUGUCUAACAUGGCAUUUGGGGUUUAUGUACAUUCAUGUUUUUUGCAAAACCAAAUUUUUUGCUAACCCCUUUAGAUUUUUUGGGAGUAAAAACAGGGUAUAAUGAGUAAAUCCUGCUGCACAAUGCCUGGCGAUGUUUAAUGCCUUGGGUACUUAUAAAUUCUUGGUAAUGGGUAAGUUAUUUUAACAAAUCCCAAAAUUCCAGAGUCAUUGUGUAUGGACACCGCUAACGAUGGCAUCAGCUAAAUACUACAAAAUUGUGGGGUAGCUUCAAACUACUGUUCCAGUAUGGAAAUGUAAUGUACUAUUUAAAAAACCAAACAAAACCAAACAAAAAAAAAAAAACAACACCAUCAACAACGAAGGUAUCAGGAGAUGAGAAAUAUCUAAAAAAACAAAAAACACAACAGAAAACAAACAAGUGGUUGGGAAGUUAAAAGAUCUACGGAAUGUAAACAAAUAAGAGAAAAUGGUAACAAUGAACGGACGUGGACAAUUGUGGUAGGUGAAUUCAGAAAGUAGUUUAGCAAGUGAGAACGUUUUAUACCAGGUUAUAAAGGGAAGUUAUAGGGAAAAUUCAGUAUAGCGGGUUCACUGCCUAUCAUUGAAUUCUGAUAGAGCUGUGCCCUUUAAGUGAGCUCAAGUCAGCCACAUAAAUGAAGGACUUGUUCACUUCCGAA